ACGAACAUGCGCCGGUGUGCGUUCCGGAGGACGCGCGGCGGCAGAGGAUAGUGCGCGCGCCCCUGGAUGAGAGAUGCUGAAGUCGCAGCCCCUCCAGUCCGUGUUUUGCCCUGCCCUCGUCCGCUCGUAGCCUCACUGCAUAUCGCACUGUCACAAACGCAGCGCAGCUGUGUGCGCGGAAGAAGUUGUUGGAACAACCACUGAUUUGUUCCCUUCCGAUUUUCUCCAAGGAUUUCUGGGACUCUUUGGCUUUUCCAAACAGAAGAUGAAGUGGACGUGUCAGUACCUGAAGUGAAGAGCGCAUUUUUUAAAACAAUUCCCCCCCCACCCCCCCCAUUUGUUAUUAUUAUUUUUUUACUAUUGUUUUGGUGCGUGUAUUGGAGACAUAUUUCAUCACUUGGAUUCCUCCCUUCUUCUUGAUUCCGGUGGAGCUAGUGUUUCAGUGUGAAACAGCACCAAGGAUCUGACUGAUGAAUGCGAUGUGGAGACUGCAGGUCGCCUUCUGUACUGUGUCGGUGCUUUCCCUGUCAUCAGCCGGAGAAAGCAAAGCGCGGAGCUGCAGCGAGGUUAGACAAGCGUACAAGGCGAAAGGAUUCAGCCUCCUCAAUGUACCUCUUCAGGAAAUAUCAGGUGAGCACCUUCGUGUCUGUCCUCAGGGAUACACCUGCUGCACUUCUGAGAUGGAAGAAAAACUCAACCAGCAGAGCAAACUGGAGUUUGAGAACAUGGUCGAGGAGAGCAGCCGUCAAAUGAGAACGACAUUUAUCUCUAGACAUAAAAAGUUUGAUGAGUUCUUCCUGGAGCUACUGGACAACUCUGAGAAGUCACUCAACAGUUUGUUCACAAGGACGUACGGGAAGCUGUAUAUGCAGAACUCGGAGGUGUUUCAGGACCUGUUCACUGAGCUAAAGCGCUACUACACUGGAGGCAACGUCAACUUGGAGGAGAUGUUGAAUGACUUCUGGUCCAGGCUGCUGGAACGUAUGUUUCAGUUACUCAACUCCCAGUACCACUUCACAGAUGACUACCUGGAGUGCAUUGGGAAAAUCGCUGAUGUGCUAAAGCCUUUUGGAGAUGCGCCCAGGAGACUGAAAAUUCAGGUCACCAAGGCUUUCAUUGCUGCACGGACGUUUGUCCAAGGGCUAAUGGUGGGUCGGGAGGUUGCCAACAGGGUUGCUAAGGUGAACGUGGCUCCAGCUUGUGUCAGAGCCCUGACCAAGAUGCUGUACUGCCCGUAUUGCCGUGGCAUGGCUGGCCUGAAACCCUGUCACAACUACUGUCACAACGUCAUGAGGGGCUGUCUAGCAAACCAAGCAGACCUCGAUUCAGAAUGGAACCUUUUCAUUGAUGCCAUGUUGCUGGUUGCCAACAGACUGGAGGGGCCGGAUAACAUUGAAGCUGUGAUAGAUCCUGUUGACAUCAAGAUCUCUGAGGCCAUCAUAACUAUGCAGGAAAACAGCAUGCAGGUGUCAGCAAAGGUUUUUCAAGAAUGUGGUCAACCUAAACCAUCAGGACUGAGCAGAUCCACACGGGGCAUCGACAUGUUGAACAGUCGGUUCAGGCCCUACACCCCCGAACAGAGACCAACUUCAGCAGCAGGGACAAGCUUGGAGAGACUGAGGGUUGUCUGGAGGACAAUGCAACAAAGUGUAAAUGACAUCAAGGAAAGAUUGGAGGAGUCCAAGAGGGUCUGGUCCAAAUUGCCAAAUGACAUCUGUUCGAAAGAGAAACUUACACAGCCUGACGAGGAGCAGUGCUGGAACAGCCACACGAAGGGCAGAUACUUUCCUGAAGUGGUGAAGGAGGGUCUAACCAACCAGAUAAACAAUCCAGAGGUGGAUGUAGAUAUCACCAGACCUGACACGCUGAUUCGGCAACAGAUCAUGGCUCUCCGUGUCAUGACCAACAAGCUAAAGAAUGCCUACAAUGGAAAUGACAUUUAUUUCCAAGACUCCAGUGAUGAGGGCAGCAGCUCCGGCAGUGGCAGUGGCUGCACUGAUAGCUGCACCACAGAGUUAAUUUUUGUUGGAACAGAAGCUCCUGUGAUUGGAACUGACAGAAGCGACGAACGCGCUGCAGCCGCCGCUGCAGGCAAGUCUCUUUCUCGUGGACCCUCCACACCGCUGGUGAUGUCUGCCCUAACUCUCCUACUCUGGGCAACGCAGACUCAAUUGAGAUAAUACAGUGUGGACUGACCACUGACUCCUAUACUGUUCCACAGCAGUACGUUUAUCAGCAAGUUACACUGCUGUUCCUUUGCUGGACAUGUACAACCUCCUGGAAACGUGCUGAUACUGGCUGACUGUGUGGUUUGGUAGCCGUGGAAGUGAGUACAGAGCUGCAUCCUGCUUGUCGCCCAAAGAAUGGUUGGUGCCAUCAACGAACCAGCUUUCACACCUCUGAAAACACUUUUUUUUCCCCCUCAAUUAUGUUGGCUCAAGCUAAGAAACGUACAGUACGUUUGUCUUUUAACAAACAAAAUGUAAGGUGGUUCUGACUUUUUAGAGAAAUUAUCCUUUGCUUUAUGUAAUGAAGUGACAAGAGGAAAACUGUUUUGUAUCCUGUUAGGCCCCCCCCCCCCCCCCCCGACAAAAAAAGGCAGUUGUUCUGUGUGCAUGCAAGGAUGUGAUGUUAACAGACUAAAACCUUUUCUUUUUUUAUUUGUCAUUGUUUUACAGCAGGCUGGUUAGCAGCAGACUGUACAGUCCCGGCGGUUUGUUUCCUGUUAUGGGUUUGGUCAUUACAGCGCAGCUUCAGGAAGCAGCAGGUCUUACAGCCACUUUAUCGUUGCACAUUUUAUCAUCUCUGAGAAGAGAACUUUAUUGCACAGAUUAUUUUUGUUGGCUUCAUGUGUUUCUAAAGUCAUUGGAAACAUCCACCGCAAAGAGGAAAAUAAAUAUAUUUUCAGAUAAUUUUACUGAUUGUAUCUUACUCACAGGCAAAUACAGGAUGCAGUUCCCUGGAAAGUACUGUAUUGUUAACUUACUGGUUUUGGCAUCCGUAACAUUGUUUUAUGAAGAUUUUUUUCUUUUUGUUUGAGUUUUCUGUUGAAUAUUUUCUUAUUUAGCCACAGCUGACCUGAAUGAGAUGCUUAUAUUGAGAUACUUAACAUGUAUUUACAGAGAACGGAGGAAGUUAAUGUUAGAUAUAUGCAAAUUAAAACCUUAUUUUAUGUUGGUUUUUUUUGCUGCUAUACUUUGAUCAUGUAAGAUUAGCACUCUUGUUAUACAUUUAAGUUGUCACAUAUGUGUAAACUUACAAAUAUUACCUUGUGCUAAUUUUCUUACAAACAUUCUCUUCAAGAUGUGUUUUUUUCAUGUUUGCUUGACUGAAAAGAACAAUUGAAACGACCCCAUGAGACAAAAGAUAGUGCUUAUAUCAUCCAAUGCCCCUUAGAAAAAUGGGUAUGAGGACUCUUGGACCCAAAGUUAUUGAUUAAAACUUUUAAUCUGUGUCUUGCAGGCUUAUGUAUUGCAGAGACUCGUGGUACAAAGUAGACAACUUUUACCCCGUAAUAAAGCACAGUGAAGGUGAUCCUCAGUAAUAAAGAAAAAGCAGCCUCCAAAGCUGUUGCAGUGACACUGCCAAAUUUAACAACGUGACAAAUGCUCAGGCACAUUGUCUGAAAAAUAUGUUUUUUUUAGGCUCUCGGCAUCGUGCUACGCCCGCCUGCAGGUUUCGAACCAACCAAAUCAUGACCAACUCUAAUGUUUCCACAAUUCACAUGUCAUUUAUUACAACAGAGACUGAAAUGCAUUGUAGUGACAAAUUAACAGCUGCUCUGUGUAUUUCAAAGAGAGCAUUUGUCUCUAGUAGCAAGGCGUGCAUGGGAGUAAAAAGCUUCCUCUCUGUUCUCACCUACAGGCAAGUGGGGGAAAAUAGGCAUAAAGUUAGUGGUAGAAUCACUACGAUCUCCGCACAGAACGGCAGAAGAAGCAUUUGUUCUGAAUGUGGUCACAUCGGCCACCACGCAUUUCUCCAACUAUACAACAGCUGACCUGCUUCAGCUUGACCCACGUAGAAAAGGCUUUGGUGACUGAACCACAGCAAAUCUGUGUCUUUUUAAUUCCUGAUGUGCUUCCCAAGCCUAAGAA